AUGGCGUUGGAUGUUCCGGUGGAUGAUGAUCCAGGAUAUGCAGCUCGGGAGGUUGCCAAACAAGGGCUUAAGCCAGGCGAACUAGCAGUCAUUUCCAAAGAGGCGAAACAACUUUCCGGAAAUCUCAAGAGACAAAGAAAGAAAAAAGAAGAAGAAAUUGCUCAAAGUUUAAGAGGAUCUUUGAAUAAAUAUUUUGUUAAACAAACCAAUGCUUCACUUGAAAAUUUAGAAGAAGAUUUACCAAAUGAAUAUGAACAACCAAUUCAAUUGGAAGAAUUAGUAGAAAAUGAGAAUGAUGUGAAUGAAGAAAUUGGUGAUCUAGAUGAAAAUGGAAAUAGUGAUGAACCUUUCCUAGAUGAAAAUGAAAAUAUUGAUGAACCUUGCCAUGAAAAUGAAUGUCUCGAAACAAGAUUUGAUUUGAACAUUUAUGAUCCACGAGUUUGGGAUAAUCUUGAUGCAAAAAUGAGAGAUUUACUUGUAGAAAAAGGUCCCCUAAGAGAAACUAAUCUCAAAUUCCCCAUGGACGAACACAAGAGACAUUUUUCUUCAAAUUAUUAUCUUCGUACGUUACCAAAUGGGGAAACUAAGGAUCGAAAAUGGCUAGUGUACUCAAAGGAGUUGGAUAAAGUGUUUUGUUUCUGUUCUAAGUUGUUUAAAACAAUGAAUUCUAGAAGUCAGUUAACUAGUGAAGGAAUUAGAGAUUGGAAACAUCUUGGUGAGAAGCUUAAACAACAUGAAAGCAGUAUUGAACACCUCACUAACUUGAGGUCUUGUGUUGAAUUGCAAAUCAGAUUGAAAACAAAUCAAACAAUUGAUACAGAAUUACAAGAGCUAAUCAAGAAAGAUACACUACACUGGAAAAAUGUUAUUGUCAGAAUCAUCGCUGUUGUGAAAUGUCUUCCUAUACAUAAUUUGGCUUUUCGUGGAACAAAUGAAAAAAUUUAUGAAGAUGGUAAUGGUAACUUUUUAGGCCUACUUGAAAUGAUUGCAGAGUUUGAUCCAGUAAUGCAACAUCAUUUUCGACUCAUUCAAGAUAAGAAGAUUCAUUAUCAUUAUCUUAGCCAUAAAAUUCAAAAUGAGUUGAUAGCUAUUCUAGCAUCAAAUGUUAAACAUGCAAUCAUUCAAAAAAUAAAAACAGCUAAAUAUUUUUCAAUCAUUCUUGAUUGUACUCCUGAUGCAAGUCACAAAGAGCAAAUGACUUUAAUAUUGAGGUGUGUAGAUGUUUCAAGUACUCCAAUAAAUAUAAAAGAGUACUUUUUAGAGUUUCUGAAUGUGGAAGAUACAUCUGGAUUAGGAAUUUUUAAUGAAUUACAAAAUGUAAUUGAGUCCCUUACACUUAAUAUUGAUGAUGUGAGGGGACAAGGUUAUGAUAAUGGCUCUAAUAUGAAAGGGAAAAAUCUAGGUGUACAAAAAAGAUUACUUGAUAUAAAUCCUAGAGCAUUUUACAUGCCAUGUGGUUCUCAUUGUCUCAACUUAAUAGUUUGUAAUAUGGCCAACUCAUGUGUUAAAGCAAAAUCUUUUUUUGGAGCAUGUCAAUGCAUAUAUACGGUAUUCUCUAAUUCAACAAAGCGAUGGAAUGUGUUACUUGAUUACAUAGAUGGUUUAACUUUGAAAUCAUUGUCAACUACACGUUGGGAAAGUCACAUUGAAAGUGUCAAAGCAAUAAAAUCUCAAGCUUCCCAAAUCAGAGAAGCUUUAUUUAAAUUAACAAAAAUUAGUGAAGAUGCCAAAUUGAGUAGGGAUGCUCAAAGUUUAGCAUCAGGAGAGCUUUCAAGUUUUGAAUUUAUAUUAAGUUUGGUUAUUUGGCAUGACAUUUUGCAUAAGAUUAACUUAGUUAGUAAAAAGUUACAAUCUGAAGACAUGCGUCUUGAUGCUGUUGUAAGACAAUUAGAAGGACUUGUUUUAUUUUUUGAAAACUAUAGAAUAAAUGGGUUUGUUUCUGCCAUGAUUGAUGCUAAAGAAAUUUCCCUUGAUAUGGGAAUUGAGCCUAUAUUUCCAAAAAAACGUCAAGUUUGUAGAAAAAGGCAUUUUGAUGAGGUUUCCAAUAGUGAUAGGGAACAACAAUCAGCUGAAGAAUCAUUUAGAACUGAUUAUUUUCUUGUUAUAGUGGAUAUUGCUCUUGGUGAAUUGAAGAGUAGGUUUGAACAAUUGCAUUGUUUUGAAUCUAUUUUUGGGUUCUUAUUUGAUACUGCAAAGUUGACUUCGUUUGAUGAUAAUGAAUUGAAAAGUUUUUGUGUGAAUCUUGAAAAUGCUUUAAAACAUGGUGAUGUUUCUGAUGUUGAUGCAAGAGACUUAUUUUCAGAAUUACAGGUGUUGCAAGUGAUGUUACCAAAAGAAGCAUAUGAAACAGAUAAACCAUGGACAUCCAUUAAAAUUCUUGAGUUUGUAAAGAGUGUGGAUAUGUUUCCUAAUGUAAUGGUUGCUUAUAGGGUAUUAUUGACUCUACCUGUGACUGUGGCAUCUGCUGAAAGAAGUACAUGUGAUGAUUCUUUGCUUCGAUUAAUUGUGGAGGAUGAAAAGAAGAUUGAUCAAAUCAAGAAAUGCUUAUGUAGAUUCGGGAGGAAGCAUGUAGACUCAAAUAUGUAG